UCUCUCUCUCUCUCUCUCUCUUCCCGACAAUGGAAGGUGGGCUUCCCAUGCUCAACUGUCUGUUGCAGCACACUCUCAGAAGCCUCUGCUCAUCAGCUUCUCCUCCAUCUGAUCUCUCCCACUCUUCUAAAUGGGUGUAUGCUGUUUUCUGGAGAAUUCUACCCCGGAAUUAUCCUCCUCCAAGAUGGGACUACGGUGGGAGUGUUCUCGAUCGCUCCAAAGGAAACAAGCGAAACUGGAUUCUUGUGUGGGAAGACGGGUUCUGUGAUUUCUACGAAUGCGAGCGGGCAGGGAGUGGUUACAUCAAAGGGAAGUUUGGAGCUGAUGUCUUCUUCAAAAUGUCACAUGAGGUCUAUAAUUAUGGAGAAGGAUUAAUGGGGAAAGUUGCGGCGGAUAACGGUCAUAAGUGGGUCUUUAGGGAAAUCACGACCGAGAAUGAUCCCAAUUUCUUCUCUUCGUGGAACGGAUCACUCGAUGUUCAACCCAGAGUAUGGGAAUCUCAGUUCAAUUCUGGAAUUCAGACGAUUGUGAUCAUCGCCGUUAGAGAAGGCAUAAUCCAAUUGGGUUCACUCAAUAAGAUUACAGAAGACCUCAACUUGGUGAUAAACAUACAGAGGAAAUUCAGCUACCUUCAAAGCAUCCCCGGCAUCUUCUCAAUGCAAAGACCUUACACAGCUCAAUCCCACCAAUCAAACACGUUGAAAAUGGACAACCAAAUGAUAGACAUCAACCACAUGGAUUACCUAGACAAUAAACAGCAUGUUGUGACCGGCGGGAAGCGAUGCGACAGCCAAAGGCUAGAAGAAUCACCCAUCAGCAAAUCUAUCAAUCUUGGUUGGAAUAGUCCCCAAAACAGAGGAGUCUUUUGGUCAGUUCCUCCUAUGUUGCCACCCAUGUCAUGUAGUCUUGGAGCAUUGUUAUCGAAAUUACCGUCUGUGGUUCCACCAAACCAGAACCUUGUUGAAACUCCAAAUUCAACAGGAAAUACCAACAAUCCUGGAUCAAAGAUUGUCACUAGCUUAGGCCAAACCCCGGCUCUAAAAUCCAACAUCUCAAUCAAUGAAUCCCACUCUACGAUGAUGAACGGUACAUCUAAUUCACAAGGCUUAGACCUGCCUGAAACAAAACCCAAUACCCAAAAACCUAAACCAAACCAAUCUCGAAAAGAUCCCGCAGUGCAAUUAAAGUUUCGAGCACAGGCAGAUGAGGAAUCAGCUCCUCAUGAGCUCAACAAUAUUAUUCAAUGAAUAUGGAUAAUAGUUAGUUUUAUUAUUAUCUUCAAUAGAUGUGUUGGAUCAAAUGUUCAUGGACCAAUGCUUUCAUGUUUAUAAAAACUAUGGGAAAUUUGGUUCAUAUUAAUUGUGUAUAAAUCUCGA